AUGGCGGACCCCCCAGAGCCCCUUCCAGCGCCGAGCUACUGCAAGAAGAUGUUGGGUGCCGGAGAGGAUGCUCCAGCAAGGGUAUUGAUGGUCCACAGCCUGUCCAGCUUCGUCGGUGCCUUUAUGGGGAUGUGUGCCAUAGGCUUACUUCACAAGUACGUCAUGAUGCCAUAUGCCAGUAUGGUCCUCCUUGUGGGAUCCUUCGGGGCCAUGUCGGUGAUUAUCUUCAGCGGCUACAAGACGGCGGCAGCCCAGCCCAAAAAUGUGAUCCUGGGCAACACCCUAGGCGGCCUGGUGGGCGUGGUAGUUUGCAACGUGAUGACUCAGCUGGGCCUUGAGAAGUUGCUGUGGCUGAGUGCCGCUAUCUCCGUUUCCCUGACCAUCUUGGCCCAGGAGGUGACAAGGUCAGUUCAUCCACCAGGCGGUGCGACAGCCCUGCUUUACGUUCUGACACCGGCUGCGCAGGAUAUGGGCUACUGGUUCAUUUUUUGCCCCUCUUUCCUCGGUGCAGUCAUCCUCGUGGCCGUGGGCUGCGUGACCAACAACCUCGCAGAGGAUCGCAUCUAUCCGCAGUAUUGGUGGCCAUGGCCCUCCGCACCUUCCCAACAAGCCUCAGACCAGAAGGGCCCGGACAGCAGCGACAGUGAGCAAGAGACGGCGAGAGUGAGCAAGAUCCGUUGCUACUUCAGGAAGUUCCUGGGAGCAGGGGCUGCGCCCCUUCCGACCGCUUCCCCACCCUUGAACCAGACAUGGUGCAGUUUGCUGGGCUCCUUCCUUGCCAUCGCUUCCCUCGGACUGCUGGAAGAACAUCUGAUCAUCCCUCAGGUGCAAGACGCCCUGAGGUUGAUGGUGGCUGCUUUCGGCGCAAUGUCGGUCCUUAUUUUCUCUGCAUGGAGCACGCCCUACGCUCAGCCGAAAAAUGCAAUCGUCGGCAAUACCAUUGGCGGCUUCGUGGGGGUGGCAGUCUACCACUUGUUUCUACUGGCAGGCAUCGAGGAGUGUGUCGGUGUGGGCGCAGCUCUCUGCGUCUCCUUGACCAUCUUUCUGCAGGAGCUUACGAACAGUGUGCAUCCACCGGGUGGGGCCACUGCGCUUCUGUACGUGACCGUGUCCCUCCUCCAGAAGUCUGCAUGGAUGUAUAUCUUUACCCCAGCCUUCCUUGGCUCUGUGAUUCUAGUUCUCAUUGGUUGCCUUACUAACAACCUCGCUGCCAAACGUCACUAUCCUCAGUUUUGGUUCGCUUUCAAGCAUUUAUCACGUGGUCAUUGCUUCUUGAAAACUUAA